AUGGGUGAAACUAAGGACCAGUCAUAUUUUUUAAAAGAUCUAAAACCCAACAUGAAACGUGUAUCAUGUGUUUUUAUAGUUUUGGAGCUGGGUCCUAUCACGCGUACGAAAGAUGGCAAUGAAGUUCGGACUGCGAAGGUCGCUGAUCGCACAGGAACGAUUAAUAUAUCUGUUUGGAAUGAGAAUAGUUCAUUAAUUGCUCCAUGUGAUGUUUUACAGCUAGUUCAGGGUAACACUACUGUAAGGGGUGGCUGUUUAAAUUUGAAUGUCGGUCGUUAUGGUCAGCUUAUGAAAAUUGGAGAAUUUUGUUUUCCUUUUGUUGAGUCACCUGAUUUUAGCGCUUAUAAUGAUGAAUGGUUGGGAAAAUCCGGCGACUCUAGUUCAACAAGUAAAUGUGAACCAACCAACAAACAAUGA